AUGGCUCCCACCGCAAAGGUCGAAUAUGACGCCAAGUUUACAGACGCUGUCAUUGCCUCCAUUGGUGAUGGAACAGACCCGCGUCUCAAAGAAAUUAUAACAUCGCUUAUUCGUCACUCCCAUGACUUCUUCAGGGAUAUCAACCUCAACACUGAUGAAUUUAUGACGGGUCUCAAGUACAUCAACUGGGCUGGUCAGAUGAGCAACGAGCGCCGUAAUGAAGGCCUGCUGUUGACAGACAUCCUGGGGCUAGAAAGUCUUUCUGAUGAAAUCACAUACAAAAAUGCGGCAGCAAACAGUGAUGUCACAUCGAGUGCCAUUUUAGGACCCUUCUGGCGCGAAGACACACCCCAUCGUGACUUUGGCACAACCAUUUCGUUCGACACACCAGCGGAUGCCGAGGUUGCGUACAUGUUUGGAGUUGUACGUGACGCAAAGACAGGAAAGCCUAUUCCGAAUGCGACUGUCGACAUCUGGGAGGCAUCGACCAAUGGCCUCUAUGAGCAACAAGAUCAAAACCAGCGAGAACAUAAUCUCCGAGGCAUCUUUACCACAAAUGCUCAAGGCGAAUAUGCGUUAUACUGUAUUCGUCCAACGCCAUAUCCUGUUCCCAACGAUGGGCCAGCUGGUAAGCUGCUAGAGCUUCUUCAAAGGCAUCCCUACCGGCCUGCUCAUAUCCAUUUGAUGGUCAAGGCCAAUGGCUACUUGUCCAUCACUACCCAAAUCUUUGACAAGCGGACGAAAUAUCUGGAGGAUGAUAGCGUCUUUGCGGCCAAGGGAGAUUUGCUAGUUGAUUUUGUGCCACGUGAGGGAGAUCCAGAGGCGAAGCUGCAAUGCGAAUACAACAUUGCUCUGGCACCUCAGUAG